AUGGUCCUGCAGAUUGUCAGUCCCUCUAAGCACAACCAGAUGCUUGGUCGCCGCAUCAAACAUCCCAAGUCCACCAAUUUCGACGACGAUGGCGCCAGCAGCUCUCCACGGCCAGUAAAGCGCUCCAAGCAGUCCGAAACCGACGACACGUCCGAUUAUGAAAGCAGACCUUCCUCGCCGAAGCCCACUCCGCGAGACAUACCCGACCCAGAUGCUGAUGUUGAUGAGAAGGGUACGGAGGUGCUCUCGUCGGGACGACAGACAGAUCUGGAGAGCGCUUUGCCGCCUAUAAGGACAGACAAGGAAGCAGUCGAGGAAUAUGAAGCGCAGCGGGCGGCAGAGGGGGCCGAGGCUGCGGAUGCCGAAGGGCGGUUGAGAGACCGCAAACGGACUCGAGGGAAGAGCUCGAUUUAUGUUGAUGCAUUCAACAUGGCAUUGGAGACUGUGCUUUUGGAUGAAAGCCAUCUUUUCGACGAGGCGGAGACAGCUGUCUUCAGCUAUUGGCAAGCAUUGAGUUACGAGGCGCAGUAUUUAUAUGUCCGCCUAUUCCUCCGUAAAACUUCUGCUUGGCACCGUAUAAACCGAUUGGGCUACCAUAGUGACGUCGCAGAUAUCAGUGCAGCUAUCAAAUCAUUGCAGGAGUCGCGUACGCUCCCAGCGUCCUCGGCGGAACCAUUGAUAAGCCCUGGCGAACUUGAGCCUCCUCCAGGCACAAAACUCGGACCCUUAUUUACAUUUGCAGACAGGUCGGAAGAUGAGAUCACAACUUUAGAAGAAGCGUCGUCGCUGCUAAGAUUGGACGAGCUCAAGACACUGGCUAAAGACGCAAAAGUGAAUGGAAGGAACAAAACAGAAUUGUUGAGAGCCCUGCGGCGCACCAGCCAAAAGCAGACAGGAAUAGGAUGGAGAAGUCUGAAGCGUUCAGAUACAGAAACAUCCAUCAGAUCUGCUUCGGUAAUGGAUGAUGAUGAGGAUGGUGGAACGGCUACGCCACAAGAUGAAGACGAACUCUCCGCGAUGAAUCGAGAUGCUCAUUUUGUCCGUAAGAUCAUGAGCGAAACUGGACCAUAUAUUAGGCUAUCCUCAGCCACACUGAAGCUUUUCGAACGGGUGCAUUUGGUAUUCUACAGGUCUACCGAAUGGACAGAGAAAUCUCUUACGACAAUAAUACUUGCGAAAAUCGCCAGACGUAACUUUCCACAAUACAUUGUCUGCCGGUCAGCUAACGUCUUUGCGUCGCGCGCUUUGCUACUCGAAUUUGAAGCAUCUCUACGGACACAGUUUCGAGUUGAUAACGUUCUAGAAUUCAGCGGCCGACCGAGUCACGAAGACCUGCACGCCAUCCUCGAAGUUUUUGAGGAAGUAUAUCCACGUUGGAGAGCCUUGCUGCAGGACGAACAGGAAAAGGAAGACAAUAUUUACCUGAGCGGCGAAGGCGCCUACCUGCGGCGACUCUCGCCUGCUUGGGUAUACACCCGCAUCGCCCACAAAGCAGUGUAUGUCUUUGGAAAAUUGAAAGAGCACAAGCGCGAGCAUGAGUUGCUUACAGAGCUGCUUGAUCAGCGGUUGUUCCACGCGUCUCGCCGCGGCGCAUGGUAUCAACGGAAAGCGCUUCUCGAGGAGCACUACAUGUGGGCCCUGAGUCCCUCAGCUAGCCGCAGCGAAGAGGCACAGAAGAAGCACUGGAAGCGCAUCGCGCUCCGAACUUGUGAAGAGGGGCUUCAGGACAAUCUUGUGCAUGUCAUCCACCAUUACGACCUUCAAAAACGUGUCACCAAACUCGAGAAGGUUCUCAAAGUUGCUAAACGCGCUCAGCAUGACUUUACCCACGUUCGACUCGCUGCAGCUGUCGAAGUUACGGUCGAAGGCAUCCGCAUCGCGAGAGAGCUGCCACGCCCGCAGACCUCGAAUGGCACCAGCAGUAGACGAAACAGCUCGCCGUUUCCUGACAGGAGAGGGGCCAAGACCAUCUGGCUUGAUUCGGCGGAAGACAACGGCGAGUGUUCCGUCGAGGCUAUGUGCCUGAGUGACUACCGGUCGAGAGGCUGGAAGGGCUAUCACAGCGAGGGCGGCAUCGUCCGCACGCUUUUUGCUUAUCUAUUCUAUGAUGUAUUGUUCACUUACAUUCCGAAUGUUUUCCAAACACUGUAUCAGACAUGCCCGCUGGAUCUUCACACGGAUGCUUUCUAUCCUAGUCGAAUCAGCGAGAUCAACCGCCGCCUGGCGCAGAUUGGAAACGGCGAGGCGGGCAACCUAAUUCAACGAGUAUGGGACGAGCACUAUGAGAAGAAGACUUGUGUCGUUGGACUCGACUGGGCUUUCGAACUCAGCGACUUAUUAGAGAUUGUCGGGUGCUUUGACGGGGAAGCAUUAGGCGCGAUUUGCAAGGUCAUGGCGCAAGAGUACGGUCAGCGUGGUGGGGGAGUUCCAGACCUCUUCCUAUGGCACCCGGAAAGGAAGAGAGUCAUGUUUGCUGAGGUCAAGAGCGAGAACGACAGGCUGAGCGAUACGCAGCGGCUGUGGAUACAUGUGCUCACCGGCGCUGGCGUACGGGUGGAGCUGUGCAAUGCUGUUGCAAAGGAGGUGAGAUCCGGGUAG